CAAGCCACCGAGCUGGGUGGGCGGCCUUGCGGCGGGGACACCUGAAGCGUCAAGGUGUCGACAAGCCCCGACGGGAUCCCGCAGCAGCCCGUGCCCCGCGCGGCCCCGGGGCCGGCAGCGGCUGGGGCGAGCCUGGACAAGCAGAAGGCAUUCAAGGGAAGUGCCGCCGGCCCUUCCAGGGGGCUGUUGGGAUUACUUUCGCCUUCCCGUUUCCCCGCCCGCAGCGAGGUGCCGAGCGGCGCCGCGCCGGGGCGGAAGUGUCGGGGCCGAGGCCGGCGCUGAGGAGGGUGCUGAAGAUGGCAGGCAGCUCCCCUCCUUGGACUGGCAGCGCUUACCUCUUCCUUCAGUCUACCUGCAAGACCAUCGCUCUGCCAUCCCUCUACGAGAGCUCCCAGAAGAAGCCUUGUGUGUUCAAGGCCCUGAAGCUGGCAUUAGCAGACUCCACUGGCAGCGUGAAUGGUGUGGACAUGCUCAAGGUGCACUGCAGCCACCCACACCUGAUAGUCCAGCUCAGGUUCUGCAAGCAGGAGAACUGCCGCCGCUUCCUGCAGAGCUACCGCGAAGGAGCGCUCCAGAAGUCCCUCCAGAGUCACCUCCAGCUCUCCUUGGCCACAACCAUGGUGCCUCUCGAAGUGGAGCUGAAGGCUGGCAGUGAGCACCUUGACAAGAUGCUGAAGGAUGAGGAUCGUUGCCUGGAGUGCAUCUACAGAGAAAAGCCUGACCGCCUGCCGGAUGAGGAGAUCACGGAGCUGGAGGAAUGCCUCAAGAGCCUGAUGCUUCACCAGAGCACCAACAACAAUGUGGCUGGAAAAGACUGCUCAUCUCUGAAGUCCCCAUCUCAGCCUUAUCCUCCUCAAGGCAGCUCCUUUCCCAUACAGCUCACCUUCAUCUUUCAGGGACAACAGUUUGACAACAGAGCAAUCACACCAGAUGACCACCAGAAGUUUGCCAAGUCCGUGUCCAAGAAGUGGAAGCAGGUGGGUCGCUCUCUGCAGAAAUCCUGCCGGGCCCUGCGUGACCCUGUCAUUGACAACCUGGCGCUGGAGUACGACCGAGAGGGACUCUAUGAACAAGCCUACCAGAUGCUGCUCAGGUUCAUCCAGUCCGAGGGCAAGAAGGCCACCAUAGCGCGGCUGAUCGCAGCCCUGGAGGAAAACGGUCUCAUCAGCUUGGCUGAGGAGAUCUUGGGCCUCCAUUCCAGCGAGGACUGCUCCUAGAGCCCAAAGGACAGUGCCAUUGCUAAGGGCUUUCCUGCUUCAGCUACUGUAUGAAACUGCUGCCAGUGUCUGGGAAUGUAAAGUCCUGAAUAUCACCACAGAUUUCCAUCUAGGUGGAAAUGCUCAGGGGAGAGGUUCUGUGUUUGCAGAAGCCAGCAUGGACCUCUGACUUUCCUUAUUUCAUUGUGUUUCCAGAAAUACAGCACUACCUUCCUGUGAACUGGUGAGAGGCUUUCACCCUGACUUCCUUCAGGACUGUGACAGGGAAGCAGCCAGACAGAGAGCCCUAGGGGGGAAUGAGGGAGAGGAGAAAAGCAAGCAAGGCUUCUCAUAGAAGCAGAAACUGCCACUGCUUCUCAGGCUGUGUCCAGGGCCAUCACCUGGAGAGCUGCAAUAUAUUUUUACAUUGAAGACAUUUUUGCUCUCAGCCAUGAUAUGAAGUAAAGAAAAAGGAGAAAGUAAGGAAAAGUCAAUUUUAUGUUAUUUUCCUUCUUUAUUUGAAGAACAAAGAACAUCCAUGGCAAGAGUAUCUGUUCUGCCCUGCUCUGUUAUAGCUCCUUCCCACCUCUCACCACCUGAAGGCUUUCCUUCUACCUGGGACAGCCACAGUCUUCCACAGGGCAAAAGACUGCUGCUGUACAAGAAAUGGCAGACACUGAACAAACAAUAUGGACAAACGGAAAUUCAGACAAUGAUUGUCAACAUUUUCUCAUCUGUGGUAGACAGUAAUAUGAUUAGCUCUUGCCUGCCAGCCUGAGGGAGCCUGCAGGUAUGGAAAGCAAAACACAGUGCUGGAAGAAGAGUCUCCUCAUCAGCAAGUUACCUGUGGAGCAUGGUUUGGAACUGCUGCCCUCAGGGCAUUGCAGCAUCAAAUGCCAUCCUCAGACCACAGAGCUGAGCAAUCACCAGACCCAUCUGGCUGCUCCUGCCUUCACUCACUUCCUAACCACCCUCAGGCUGGAGGGGACAGCUCACCCUGCUGUGUCCCACAGGUGUCAGGACCACAGAGAUCCUUUCCCUGGCACUGCUGUCACUGUGUGACAAUUGAACAUCAGCUGCCACCGUGCCUGGAUUUACCUGCACUGAUUUUUAGGGUAAAAAUGGUUUAAGAGACAAAUCUCCCAAACCCCAGGGCUGACUCCUGCUUUCAGUUCUCAUUUCAGGUGUGAGUGAAUCUGUUUCCAUCUUGCCCCUAGCUUCCAAGGAAGCAGGACUUCAUGCAGGCACCAUCUCUGCAAAGACUGUGGCUCCAUCACCUUUUAGUAAGCCAUUUUCUAUCAGUGCCAUUGCAGUUUCAUCUCCUCCAUUCCUGCUCCACAUCCUACACUCUCCCUUCCAAUAGUACCAGUGCUCUUCCCAAAAUGAAGCAAUUACCUCUGACAGUUUAGCUUUUGGGACUGACACAGUGGUGCUGAUCUUAGCUAAUUUAGGCUGCUGUGGAACCGUACCUCAGUAUAUAGCUUUCCUUCCAAAUCCCAGCUGGGGAACUCUUGUUUGGCAGAAACCCACCUGACUAAUCAUAUUUUAAAAAAUUAAAAAAUCAGAAACUUGAAAAUUACUUUAAGAGCAAGAGAGUUUGCUCUUGAUUGUGCAGAAAUUACUUUUUUAAGAAAACAAGGUCAUAUGCAUAGCCUGCUGUCUCAUUUGCAAUGAAUUUUUCUAAGCUCUCAGACCAGCUAUAUGUGCACAACUUGCACAUAUAGUUAUAAGGCAGCCACUGAGAAGUGAGAAUUACUAGUUUUUGUAGCAUCUGUUAAUGCUCAAAAUGCUAAAGUCUUAUUAUUCAGCAUCUACUUCAAGUCCAGAAAACUUUUUUACUGCUGUUACUCUUUUACAGAGGACUAACCAUGAAAGCUUUCUUCUGAAUAUAAACUGCCAGUAACUGGCAUGUGUAUUUCCUCUUACUCACAUAUUCUCUGUUAGAAUUCCCUGUCAGAAGUGCCAUUAAGUGCUGGAGCCCCUGGCAAUCUUUCUGGAAUGUCAUAAUCUCCAAUAGCAUUCACAGGUGCCUUCAUUGCAGACUUGAAGGAAAAGGGUUUUUCAGUGAUAUUCCAUGGUGAAAUUGUCUUGAGCACAUGGCAUGGUUUAGGACAUAGCAGUGGCUGCUUCAUACCUCCUUUUCCAUGAGCAAUCAUCAUCAUGGUGGGAGAUAAGCUAUGGACAGUGCUGCUGCUGGAGAAAUUUGCCUUACCCCAGUAACUGCUCUUCUCCAUAUAGUGAGAUAUAUCUGUGAAAAAGAAAAAAUCAGGGGUGAUGGUAGUGUUUCAGAAUCAAACACAAUAUUAAAAGCAAAUAAAUGUGCUGAUCAGUUGCAUAUAAAAUCUAAAACAGAAAAACCAUAAAACAAGCAGCAGACAUCAGACCAAAAUGUGCUUACAGGAAGAGAUCCAAGAGGGCUUUUUUCUGGUACAGAUUGUUUUUGUAGUUUUAACCAUGUUUCAGAUUUGAAGGAGUCUCCAUUCAGUCUGCCAGAAUGAAUAAAAGAUCUAUCCAAAGGAGAAUUUGAAUGAUUUGUUUUGGUAUAGCUGACCUAGAGUGGUCAAACAGAUGAUAACAAAGAGGAGAGUGAAAUGAAAAUGCUCACCAGAUAUACUUUGACAUGAGGUAUCUGAUAGAAGCAAACCUGACAGGAUACCCUGAUACAAGAUUGUCUCAAAGGAAAAGAUCUGUUUAUUUUGCCAUUCCUUUCAAAGGCAGGCUCAGCAUUGAGGAGCUGUCCUGCUGUCUGGGUCACUGUCUCCCCUCUGCUGUUGCCAAGGAACCACACCCCGACAGCUGCUCACAGACUCUGAAAUCAGGAGUGAGCAUGGGCACAAUGAGGAGCCUCAAAUUCACCUUAAUUGAUGAUUUAGUUUAACUGCAAAUUCUGGUGAACCUCUGGUAUUGUAUCUGGUAUCCUUAAACCAAGGAGGUACAAGAAGAGGAAUCAAGAGGGUUUCUGAGUCUGACCCACAUACUGGAGUGUGUGCAUGACACUGGUGCUUUACACUGGACAGGGCUCUGGCCAAGUGUCUUUUUUAUGGAGAUGGACUCAAACAGUGAAGCAAUUUAAGGCCUAGAGUCAAUAAAUGUGCAUUUUUUUUAUUCUCUGGAUUGAAUUUUAAACCCACGCUGGCUGUACAUUUCUAAUAGAAACCUGUAUGAGAUGUGUGGUUAAUGUUUCUUAGUUUGCAAAGGUUAGCAAGGGAAAAAUCCCUUGCUGACCAUUAAUUCCAAAUUCCCAUGAUAUUCAGCAUCAGAUCUGGAUCAGCCAUCUACAGCUAUGGACUGCAAUGCCAGGCAUACUUGGGUCUAGGACAUUCAGCCUGCAAGGAAUUGUCUUACAGAAAAAGCUCUUUGGUAUAUAUUUUUUCCCCCAUUCUUUUUUAGAAAU